AUGCUUUUAGAGAAGAUGAAAGAGAUCACCGGAAUUCAAGACUUGGCUUUCCUUCACACGGCUCUAAAGGCUGCCAAAGGGGACCUGAUGGAAGCUGUCAUCUUCCUGACGGAGGAGCACACUGAGGAGCCGGCUCAGGACGCGGCUGCUGCGGAGCCAUGCCCCUGGGAAGGGAGCGCCAUGGGCGGUCAGCCCGCACACAAUGUUAUUGCUGCGCUUGCCCCUAAGCACAGCGACGACCACCACGCGCCCGACUGCAAGCUGCUGGAAUCGCCCAAAGCUCGGGCUGCAGAACGAGACGCUGCUGAAAGGCCGCAGGAAGCGCAUUCUGCUGAAUGCAAGACUCGCCCCAAAAGGAAACGCUGUGAAAUCUGGGGAGAGAAGCCCAAGCAGAACGACUGGAGAAGAGUGGGCGACUGGCCCGUUGGGAUGAAGAACAUUGGAAACACGUGCUGGUUUAGCGCCGUCAUCCAGUCUCUGUUUCAGUUGCCCGAGUUUCGGAGGCUGGUCCUGGGGUACUCCCUCCCACAAAACGUGCUGGAGAGCACCCGCAGUCACACUGGAAAAAGAAACAUUGCCUUCAUGCAAGAGCUUCAGCGUCUGUUUGCGUUGAUGCUGGGGACGCGCAGUAAGUUUGUAGACCCCUCCGCAGCGCUGGAACUCCUGCGGGAUGCGUUUCGCUCGGCUGAACAGCAGCAGCAAGACGUGAGCGAGUUCACACACAAACUGCUGGACUGGCUGGAGGACGCCUUCCAGCUGGCUGUGAACGUCAAGACCCCUGGGGACAAAUCCGAAAACCCGAUGGUGCAGCUUUUCUACGGGACUUUCUUGACGGAGGGCGUCCAUGAGGGCAAUACCUUUUCCAAGAUCGAAACCUUUGGCCAGUAUCCCCUGCGGGUAAAUGAUUAUCACAACUUGAGCGAGUGCUUGGAAGGAGCCAUGGUGGAGGGAGAGGUGGAUGCGGCGGCAGCGUCGCGGUCGGUGGAGUACGGACUGCAGCGCUGGUUUACAAAACUCCCACCAGUUCUGACCUUUGAACUCUCCCGAUUUGAGUUCAAUCAGUCACUAAGGCAGCCAGAGAAAAUUCACACCAGGCUAGAGUUUCCCCAGACUAUUUAUAUGGACAGAUACCUCUACUGCAGUAAAGAGCUUAUCCAGAGGAAGAGAGAAGAAAUGAGGAGACUGAAGGAGAAACUGGGGGUUCUGCAGCAGAAGCUGGAGAGGUACAUGGAGUACGGCUCUGGCGCCGCCCGCUUUCCCCUGCCCGACAUGCUGCGGUACGUCCUGGAGUUCGUCGCCACCAAGGCAGCGGCGCGGGGCCCUCGGGCAGCGCCCCUGCGGUCCCACACCCGGCCCCCUGUUCCGGACGUGGCCUCGCAGCCAGACAGCUCACUAGAGAGGAAGGACGGGGAGCCUGAAGACGGGGCUUUCUUUUCGGCAAACCCCUCGCCGCAGCAGAAGUCGAGUGCGCCACCGCAGCCGUGUGCUUCUCCAGAGGAAAUGGAGACGAGCGAGCACCCGGCUCCUCAGGCAGUUUCCGAGGAGGAGCUGAGCCUGGUUCAGACGUGUCUGCAGCGAUGGAGGAGCGAGAUCGAACGAGAUGUGCAAGAUCUGAAGGAGUCCAUUGCCAGGAUCAGCCUGUCCAUUGAACAGAUGUACUGUGACCCCCUCCUCCAACAGGUUCCCUAUCGCCUGCACGCGGUCUUGGUCCACGAAGGGCAAGCGAACGCUGGUCACUACUGGGCCUACGUCUACGACCAGGGCCGGCAGAGCUGGCUCAAGUACAACGACGUGGCGGUGACUGAGUCGUGCUGGGAGGAGCUGCAGAGGGACUCGUUCGGGGGCCUGCGGAACGCCAGCGCCUACUGCCUGAUGUACACCAGCGAUCGGGAGCCCCGCGGCGCCGCAGACGCGGAUGGUGGCUGCGAGGGGGGACAGGCUGGGACGGAGACGGAGGCGCUGCCCCCGGAGCUGCGGCUCUACGUGCAGGAGCAGAACUGGCGGCUGGAGCAGGAGGCCGAGGAGUGGGAGGAGGAGCAGUCCUGCAAGAUCCCGCAGAUGGAGCCCUCGCCCGCCUCCGAGUCGCAGGACCCCUCAUCUGAGUCAGGACCAGAUCCGUCUGCGGUCUGUGAGCAGAGCGUACGCACGCUGUCCUCGGAGCACGCCAUGAUCGCCAAGGAGCAGACUGCCAAGGCCAUCGCCAACACCGCCGACGCCUACGAGAAGAACGGGGUGGAGGCGGCUCUGUGCAAGCCCACGGAGGCAGAGCCGCUGAUGGCCCAGCCGGGAGAAACCGCCCUGACGGUGCAGGCAGCGCCGGCGCAGGACGCUCCGGACGCGGCAGCUGCUGCCCAGGGCAGCUCGCAGGUCUCUGAGGUGGAAAUCCCCAGCGUGGGGAAGAUCCCCGUUAGAUCCGAUGCAGAUGGAUAUAACGAGGAGGUGAUGCUGAGCCCAGCCAUGCAAGGGGUCAUCCUGGCUAUUGCGAAAGCCCGGCAGACCUUUGAUCGCGAUGGGUCUGAAGCAGGGCUCGUCAAGGCGUUCCACGAGGAGUACUCACGGCUGUACCUGCUGGCCAGGGAGACCCCGACGCCGCAGAACGACGCGCGGCUGCAGCACGUGCUCAUCUACUUCCUGCAGAACAACGCCCCGCAGCAGGUGGUGGAGCGGACGCUGCUCGAGCAGUUUGCGGACAAAAACCUCAGCUACGACGAGAGGUCCAUCAGCAUCAUGAAGGUGGCGCGAGCGAAGCUGCGAGAGAUCGGCCCCAACGACGUGGACAUGGAGGAGUACAGGAAGUGGCACGAGGACUACAGCCUGUUUCGCAAGGUGUCCGUCUACCUGCUGACGGGGCUGGAGCUGUACCAGAACAGAAAGUACCAGGAGUCCCUGACGUACCUGAUCUACGCCUACCAGAGCAACGCCAAGCUGCUGCUGAAGGGGGCCAACCGCGGCGUGGACGAGGCGCUGAUCACCCAGUACAGGCGCGAGUGUCUCCUGAAGCUGAACGAGGUGGCGGCGUCGCUGUUCUCCAGCUGCGAGGAGGCGCGCGUGGCCGAGGGCAUCGCCAUCCUGAACGAGCUGAUCAUCCCCUGCAUGCACCUCAUGAGCAGCUUCGAGAUCUCCAAGGAGGACCUGAGCGCCAUCGAGGACAUGAGGAGCUGCUGGUGCUCCUACCUGGGCCGGGAGGACAUGGACGGGCUCCGGCGCCGCCUGCCGCGGGUGCCCUGGACGUACCUGGGGGCAGCUGUCGAGGCGCAGGGCCCGGGCGGCAGCAGCAGAGCGAGGGACACGGUGAAGAUCGUCCCCACAGCCGGAGCUCACUGCGAAGGACAUGGCCUCCCCAGUCAGAGCAAGAUUCCUCCUGGCUUCAGGGUGAAGAAGGGGAAGAACGAAGCGAUGGUGGCCAAGGAAGAGAAACUCCUGCGGCUCCCGGCCAGGCAGGGCUGUGCCAGCUCCAUCAAGUGCCCUGGAGCUGCCGGGGCGGGAAUUUCACCUCCUCCAGCAGAGAAACGG